UGACGACGACUUAACUACUUGCAAACGUCUCGUUAUCCAAAUUAUUAUUGUCCGUCUCUUCCUUCUUUAGAACAUUGUACUGUAUAUUACGGGAUACUUUUUUUCCAAACACAUAUUCUGUUUUUAUUACUAUUAUAAUUGAUUUCCCUUUGACUUAUAAUUACAUCGCUGCGCUUGGUUCUCCAUAUGGGUGUUCAUGGUCUCACCGCACUGUUACGGCGAUACGCGCCUAAAUCACUACGCACAUUACGUACAAACGCAUUUUCUGAACAAAUCAUUGCAUUCGAUGCUAGUUGUCACCUCAACAAAUUCGUAUAUGGCGAAGACAUUCACCCACACCGGCAUAUCUACGGCUUUUAUUUAAUGGCGCGCUAUUGCCGUAUGCACAACAUUACUCCUGUUUUCGUUUUUGACGGUGCCAAUCGAAUUGCAGCCAAGCAAUUAGAACAUGCACGUCGUGAAAAGAAUCGUCAGAAAAUCCAACCCUCACUAGAAUACGAGCGUGCAAGAUCUGCGCGCUUGGCAAGUUGGACAAACGCGUACCGUGACUUGUCGGAUGCAGCAGCAACGCGUGUUCUCGACCAACUUCAAGAAGAAUAUCCAGCAGCAACCACCACCACCACCACUAGCACUGUGUCUGCUAUGGACAGUGACGAUCAAAUUGAACAGCAGCUUGUGCAACUAGCAACGGAUUUAAAGCAUGCGCUUGUUGUGGCCGAAGAUACCGAAAGAUAUACUAAAACAGUCCGUGGCCUGUCAGCACGCGAGCAUACUCUGAUGACUUCCAUGAUCCGAGACAGGAUAAAAGAUACGGAAAUUGCGUUGCAAGAGUUGAAAAACGAUAACCAGCAUAUGAUGGAAUCUCUAGCGGUCGAUUCGUAUCACACAAGCCUUACGAGAGGAGUGUAUCGAGUUUUUGCGGACAUUGGGAUACAUCUGUAUGACUUGCGAAAAUCAUGAAGCAGAGGCUAUGUGCUCAGAAUUAGCAAGGCGAAAAAUGACGACAGCAACAGUGACAGAAGGUG